AUGUUUAUUGGUCCCACACUGAAUUGCCACUCAGUCCCACCGGAGGAGAUGCCUAGUGCGAUGAUAACUGGACUGGGGAUGUUGGGAUUGGACGCACUGGGAGCAGAUCUGAUCGGGUUUGAAGAGAUAGGGUUUGAGGAGAUGGGAUUUGAGGGUUUGGCAGACGGUGAGGAGGAGUGGAGCUCUUUACUUGCAGAGCAGUUUGCACAGCAGCUGCGAGCAAUUGACGAAGCCGAUGAGGCUGGAGGGAGUGGGGUUGGCGCUGCAAAAGGCAAGGAGGGAGUGGUCGAAAAAGAGGUGUAUUCAGAGGAAGAAAGCAGCGGAAGCGGAGAGACUUUAGACGGGGAACUGGCGAUGGAGGAGGGCGGAGCGCUGGAGGAGCGCGGAGCGAUGGAGGAGGAAGAGGGUGCGAUGGAGACAUGGACGGGAAUAGACGAGCGUUUGACAAUGGAAAUGGGGCUGCCUGAUCGAUGCUUCCAGCUGCCCAGCGCCAAGGAUUUUCCUCACGAAAGCAGUAAGCAAAUCCUGAAAACAGAAGGGAUGGAGAGACAGCAAGGAGGCUGGACAGUGUCUGAGGGUGGGAAUUAUCCUGGUAACUACAUGAUGGCAAUGCAGCCAAGCCAACAGGCAGAGCGAUCUCAAGUAGGGAUGGAGGGGCAGAGAGGAGGCUGCACUACUUCUGACGGUGAAAACGGCCGUGGUAGCUACGCGAUGGCAAUGCAGCCAAGCCAUCUGAAUACCACGGCGGUGCUAUCUGAAGCUGCCCAGUCUGCACCAUCUGAUCCAUCCUUCCCAUGUCACCAGCCAGGUCAGCGGGGACAAUUGCGCGAGCGUGUUCAACACGACCAAGGGGCAGGUGCGGUGGUGGGUGUGGCAGCAGCGGGUCCGUCCGGACGUGCAGGCAUGGAGCAGAUUCAUACUCCAGUAGGAACCCCAGCACUGGCAGCAGAGCAGCACGCAGUGACAGGAGAGGAAGCAUUGGCAGGGCAGAAAGCGUUGGCUAGGCUGCAAACAGCAGGGCUGCCAGUCCCAAGCGAGGCACAAGCCGUUUCAUGGGGUUUCAGUGUCGAGGUGUCCGGGGGAUUGAUGGCGCCUGGUGAGGAUGGUUCCUUGCAAGAAGCAAAGGAGGAGGUGGAGGUGGAGGUACCCGGCAUGGCAGCCUGCUCUCCCAAACCAAUUUCGGCCAUCCCUCUGCGCAGGGUGAGGCGAUCCCAGUCCCAUGACCAGGAACCAAUGGGAGCUGGACAGCUGGGUAGGCAACUGCUGCGUGCGUCAGCAUUCAAGCCAAUAAUUCCAGCCAGCAAGUAUGCUCGAGAGCUGCACAAACGAUUGGAGAAGCAUCCUUGGUUACCCGCCAGGAGCUACGUUCAAGGGGUGCUGCAGCAUGGACGGCUGGAGGGGCAGCAGAGGUCGUUGUUGGAUGAUAGACAUAUCCAGCAGCAGCAGCAGCAGCAGCAGCAGCAGCAGCAGCAGCAGCAGCAGCAGCAGCAGCAGCAGCAGCUGAUGCAGCAGCAGCAGCAGCAGCAGCAGUCAAAGCAGCAGCAGUGGCGUUCAAUUCAGCAGCAGCAAUUGCAGUUAGAUGUUCCUGAUGGAUCAUGGGGAGCAUAG